GAAAAUGAAAAAGCUUGGGCAAAUUAAAGAUGGCGGAAUUCGAUUGGCCGUGGCAGUAUAAUUUUCCACCAUUUUUUACACUACAACCUAACCUUGCUACCAGAGAGAAACAGCUAGAAGCAUGGAGACAUUUAAUCCUAGAGUACCACAGAGCCCAUAAAAUGCAUACCUUGGACAUCACUGAAGCACAGAAUAGUCCUUUAUUUUAUAAUAAAUCCUUAAAAAGAAAACUUUCAGUGGAGACAAUAUUUGUGGUAUUAGAAGAUUUACGUAAGAGAGGACAUCUUGAGUGGUUAGACAAACAACACCAGCGAUGUUAUGUUUACUGGAGGACACUGGAAGAGUGGGGAAAACUGAUUUAUAAAUGGGCAUCCAAGAAUGGAAUGGUGAAUACUGUGUGUACCCUGUAUGAACUGACCAAUGGGGAUGACACACGAGAUGAAGAAUUCCAUGGUCUUGAGAUGGAUGUAUUAAAAAAAGCCUUACAGGCUCUAGAGAAUGAAGGCAGGGCAGAGCUGAUUUUCUUUGAUGAAAAUGAAGGAGUCAAGUUUUUCUAGCUCAUCAAGAUCAAAGCUUUAAUUCCAUUGCUUCUAAUCUUUAAGUAAGUGAUUUUCCCGAUGAGUAUUUGUUUUGUCAGGGAAAUCCUUAUUUUGAAAGUUGCCACAAUGUAAUCUAACUUGUGACAUGAUUUCUCAACAAGAGAGAAAGGUUCUGUGUCCAAAAUCAGCACGUUUACAACACUGAUCUGUCCUGUCAUUAAAGUAUGUGCUGUUGAUAAAAUUAUAUUUAAUGUUUUGUAAAUAUUUGAAAUAAACACUAUAAUUGUAAACAUUUAUUGUGAGGCUAGUUUUAGGACAAAAAGAAUUACCUUUGAUAGUUGGUUUCCCAUAGAAGCUUCUGACUGACAAUUUCCCAGAGAUCUAAAAUGUUAACCUAAUGUUUCAAAAUUAUUAAAAUUACAUAGGACUUUGCAUUCAUUACUUUCUCAUCUUCUUGAAUUAUGUACCAGUAUGUUGCUACUUGUUUUGUUAAAAUGUAACUAUUUAUUUUCACUUUUAACUGAUUAAGUAAAUUAGUAGUCCCAGAUAUUUAAUUGAUCAUUAUUUAUAAUUCAAGGUUAAAACCAUUUGAAACAAAACACUGUUAUUAUUUAACAACAAAAUAAAAAACAUUAGAUUUUUCUUUAUCCUCUUAAACUGACUUUUAAAGCAAAGCAUAAUAUGCAUGUAAUUUAGACAUAGCCAGUAUUGUGGCAUUCCACUUGCUCAACCUAUUGAAAUAAAUCAGAUUGUAGUCUAA